CGAAUUUACAAAACGGAAGUAUGACCGUCACAGAUCACGUAUUUUCUCACGUUGCUAUUUCCAUGGCGUACAUGCAUAUUCUGGGCCUCUACUUAAUAUUGUCAAACGCUUAUGAAAUUUGAACGUUUUGCUUUGUCAUUCUGUAAGCGAUUACAAAAAAAAAGACAAUUCUGCUGAGAUUAGGUACACUGCUUAGCUAACUACUGGUAUCGUUUUUGUGUGUUGAGUUGUAUUUACCGUUUGGAGUAAUGCAACUUCUGAGUUGCUAUAUCGGCUAUGCCUGAUGGCCGUCUGGUUUAUCGGAAAACGACCUAAUACGUAAGAUCCUUACGCUACGAGUGGUGUGAAUAUUUGUUUAAAUUUACUUUUCAUUCAGUGCGGGUUUUGUUAACCAUUUCCACCUUGGUUUUGUGUUCCAAAUAAACGUGAUUUCUUGUCACGACCACAAGGGAGCCAUUUUCUCUUCGUAUACUUCACGACGACACGUAAUGACGUAAUUCGUACACCCCUUUUUGUGAUACAGCACAUUGAAUAUUACUGAUGCUACCAUGGCAGAAGCUCCUAUAAUUCUGGACGGUGGAUUAGCAACAGAACUCGAAGUUGCAGGUCUGAAGAUACAGGGCGACCCCUUAUGGAGUGCCAGGAUACUGCACAGUAACCCACAAGCUGUCAAGAGCGCCCACUACAGAUUUCUUCAGAGUGGUGCAGAUGUCAUCACGACAGCCUCCUAUCAGGCUAGCAUACAAGGGUUUGUCCAGCAUCUGGGUGUCUCAGUGGAACAAGCCAGCCAGCUCCUGAUGUCCAGCGUGCAUCUGGCCAGAGAGGCGCUGCUGGAGUUUGUGGCCCAUGUCCCUCUUUCCGGGGACAGAGUGCCGAUGGUGGCUGGUUCCGUUGGGCCUUAUGGUGCUUUCCUCCAUGACGGCUCUGAGUACUCAGGAGCUUAUGACCAGGACAUGACUGUUGAGGAGCUGAUGGCCUGGCAUCGGCCACGGCUGCAGUGCCUUGUUUCCGCGGGGGCUGAUAUUAUCGCCAUGGAAACCAUCCCCAGCCUGAAAGAGGCCGAGGCCUUGGUAGAACUUCUGCGGGAGUUCCCUGCUUCUAAAGCCUGGCUCUCCUUCUCCUGUAAGGACGAAAAACACAUUUCCAACGGCAGGUUGUUCUCAGAGGCGGUGCGGCUGGCCCAGAGGUCCCAGCAGCUGGUUGCCGUUGGGGUAAACUGCUGUGCCCCCCCCCUCAUUGAGCCGUUGCUGGUCGGCGCCGGUCCACUUAGCAGCCCGGACCUGAGCUGGAUCGUUUACCCCAACAGCGGGGAGGAGUGGGUCCAGGACGUCGGAUGGAAAACACCAGAGAGGAGGACCUCCUUUGCCAGGCUCAGCACGCGGUGGCGGGAACUGGGAGCAUCCUGGAUCGGGGGGUGCUGCCGCGUGAGUCCGGCGGACGUCGCGGAGCUGAAAUGCCACCUGCAAGGGAACCCGGGAAACCCCUAGCACUGCGGCCUCGCGGCGAUGACAGCGUGACGUCAGCCAGACAUGGCGGCCAAGCGACCUACUUAAUCCACGGAUAAAAAAAUACACCAUGUUCGUUUCAGUGAAAUAAAACACUCAAUCUGUAGAAA